CAAUUGUUCUACUUUUAAGCGUUUGUGCAGGACUUUAAUGUGAAAAUGGCAAGAAAAUAUAAAGCCAAAAGUUUUCAUCUGUGUCGAUGCUGCUACAAGUGGCGUUGUCAAUGUCUGGUGCCACGGAAGGAGAAACCACACCCCCCUUUUAACAGCGGAACAAAGCCAGGUAGCAAAAUGGGUUUGCAUCCCAAACUGAAGGCACUUAUGCCAAUAUCUCCAGCUGUGGGUUCCUACGAUCCUCGACGGAGUGAUCGUAAAUUUGUAAUCGGUUGGAGAAGGCAACAAGAAACGCGAGAAUUCUCCGCAAUAAGUGGUAGACUGACAAAGGAAAUUGUCGCCCAAAAGAACCUAAUGAAGACUGGACGUGGGCCCGGGAGUUACGAGAUAUCUCGCUGGCCGGAGAGUACUAUGGAUGCACCCUGUAAGAGUUCGCAAACAGACGCUGUUUUCGGGACCGUUCCACGAUUUCAAACAAGUUGUAAAUCCACCACGCCCGGUCCAGGAUACACGCUGAGAACGCACAAUCCCUUUUUCUAUUUCGACCAAAAAAGGUUAAAAGGUGUUUCUUACAUACCUUCGUUUGAAUUCGACAAUUUAGCACCUAGGUUCCGAGAACCUGUAAGAGCGUGGUCUGUACCAUGCACUAGAUACAACGUGAAACACCCAAACUCGCUGCAAGCAUACCUCGAGAAAGUUACGAGCAAGAGGGGACCUUACGAUCUCUUUACAGGACCGAGAGAUGAAACUACUAUCAAGGGAUACUGGGCGCAAGCGCAGUUAGAGGAUCGGGAUAAUUGGCCACGAAAAUUGCCAGGAGAAAUGGAGAAGCUUUCGAGCAAAUGCAACUAUUUCAAAGGAAGAUGGUCGACCAACCCUAGGUUUUUGAAGAAACCAGUUACGAGGAUAAUGUUACAAGACGUCAGUACGUGCUACAAGGACCCUGAUGAACCAGGGCCUGAUCAUUACAAUCCUCGAACGCCCCGAAAACCGAGUUCAUUAAAAAGAUAUCCCUUUGAUAGCAAUAUAGAAUACGUACGACCGCUUCCGCCAAGCGGCAUUCGUCCUGGACCAGGAAGAUACAAGAUUAAACGGGAAUGUCCUGUAAAGGGACACGGGUGGACUUGCGUUUUCAAGAGCAAAGUGCCUAGAACGAUUGGCAUUAUUACUCCAUCGUUACAUAAUAAUUACUAAUUUCUGUGAACAUCAUAGUAUAAUAAAAUAUCUAAGCCGUGUUAUUAGAGAAUUCUUAAUAGAUCUGGAGCUUAAUAGCUGUGCACUGAGAAAAAUAUCCUUGCCAAUCUAAUCGGAUAAUCAAUUACAUAUUAACAAACGGAUAUAUUCAAUUAAAUUUUAUAUCCGAUGAAAAA